GCGUCCCCGCCCACCUGUAAGAGAAACCGCCUAAAAAGCUCGCUCCCGCGUCUCUCUCCUCACAUUUAGGUGCGGUUGGGGAACAGGUGCGCAAAGAAUCACUGAGAAACUUCUUGGACUGAAAUAACACGUAUUUUGCAAACUUUUCCGAAAUACAGCAAAGAAACCCGAAGUUUCUCAUUACAAAAAGAUAACUUCGUGGACAACAGAGCAAACUUCGCCAAAAAAACCGUCUUACUGAGGAGUGAGUGGGGAUUUGCACCUUCACAGCAGGUGGACGACGCCUCUUUGUCCAGUUUUUGAAGGAAGAAGAAGAGGAAGAAGAAGAAAUGGCCAACUCGGGUCUGCAGAUUUUGGGGUUCGCCCUGGCCCUGUUGGGUGUAAUUGGACUGAUAAUUGGCACCAUUUUGCCGCAGUGGAAGAUGUCUGCUUAUGUCGGGGACAACAUCAUUACAGCUAUAGCCAUGUACGAAGGACUAUGGAUGUCCUGUGCCUUUCAGAGCACAGGCCAGAUCCAGUGCAAGGUGUACGACUCAAUCCUGCAGCUCAACAGUAAGUUUUUACACAGAUUUUCACGAGGGUUCUUAUUUCUAAACUGAGAAUCACCAUCCUAACAUGGGUUAAGAAAAAAAAGGAAAGUGCUGUUUGUUUUAAAGUCCCUCUAAAUCAAGUGUUUUAUCUUUUUCUGUGAUAAAACUUUUGCCAAAAGUCGGCCCAAUUAUUCACACUGACUUUAUCAUCUGUUUCUGCUUGAACCCAUUUUGUAAAGGAUCUAUAGAUGCACCUGUGUAAAUAUAAGCUUUACACCUGUUUUUUCUCGUCCUCCAUUUUCUUAAACUAUACCUUCUGAAGUGUCUGCUCCAUCUCAUUGCUGCUAGCAGAUUCCUCCGCUCGGACUAACCGGUUUAGUCACUUAUUAACUCCCCUUUUAUUUCCAAAGAAAGCACCCAUUUUGUUGAAACCACACUUAGAGGCCUCACCUGAAUCAGUACAGUUUCAUGGCUCAGUGCAGAAACCUCCUUUUGUGGUCAUUUGUGCAUCACUUUAACACUUGGCCAAUCAUUAGCCUGGAGGUAUUGUUCUAGUCCAGGUAGUCCUGUUAUGUGUGGAAACCCCCAUACUGAAGAACUUCCAUUACACAGCAUAGGUAGUUACAGGUAAAACAACACCUGUAUGAGCCACUGUUUAGUCAACAGGCCAGAGAGCCGGUCCCGUAAACAGUUGCUUUGUUUUUGGUCAUUGGAGCAUCAAAUUAACAGUUAUUUACUGUAUUUUGUCAGUGUGAGGUGAUAAGACCUUCCCACCAAAAGUCUUAAUAAAUUCUAUAUCAAUGCAUCAUUUUGAAAAAAGUGUUUGAACAUUAUUUCUUCAAAAUUCCUCGAGGUUAAAUUAUCAUACAAGGUCAUGUAAGGGUUAAUUGUGUGGUUCAGGCAAAUAGAUUAAAAUGAUUAAGUUAUUAGAAAUACAAUAUCAGUGCUAAGUAACUAAGCCAGAGCUUUGGGACAGGGAUUGUAUUUGUUAUUCAUAUUAUCUCAUACUACAUCUUUUUAUGACUUAACUAUCUCAAAACAGUGGCAUAAUAGGUCAGUCGAUUGUUUUAUUGUACAUGCUUCAAAAACAACUGGAUGACAGGCCGCCCUCAGGCUUAAACCGCCAUACUGUCACUGAGGGAGAUUUGUAUCCAGGUCCCCUCCCUGUUUGUUUGUCUUGACUCAACAUUUUCUCUAUGCUUCACUCAGGGUCAGAAGUUACUUGUUAACUAUUUAAGUUAAAAAAAAUCAGAAACUAUUUCCUUUUUUAGAAAAAAAAAAAAAGGUCAUUUUAUUCUGUUUUUACAAUGUUGACUUAUCGAAGUAUUUGAUAGUAUAUCUGCAGCCCAGUGUGUCUUAUCUCCUCUUCAAACAUGAAGCCGCCCUUUUGGAUAAACAUUGUUUGAUUAAAGCCAUCAGCCGUUAUGAAGCCCAAGCACAGAUAACAUUUCAUUUUUCAGAAAUACCUGAGGAAGAAAUCAGCAAAUACUUGAAAUUUGGGAAUAAUCUGUCAUCGAAACCGGGGAAGUGUGACCUCUCUAUUUGGCAUUCUCCACAUUCUAGACGCAACCCGUGUCUCUCUGGAUUUAACUUUGAAGCGCAAAAAAUGUCCACCUGCUGAAAAGCAGACUGUGAGCACCUGAAAUUGGGAGUGUCUUCGUCAUAUUGAAACCUUAAACCUGGUCAGACCUGUUUCUGACUUGCACGCAUUCAAACUACUCUCACACCCACUCCCCCACCCCCCGCUCUAGUUCCUUCAGGCUUCCGGUUAGAGCCAGUUUCUGUGGAGCGUUGUUAUAGGGAGCAUGAGUGAGACACAGGAGACAGAAGCUGCUCUGUUGUAUCAGGGCGACGUUUGUGUUUCCAAAAUGGUGGACCAUGAGCACAUAAAGAAAUCAGUACAAAAUGAAAGCUUAUGAAAAUCACAGCACAACUUGAUUUUAAACUCUUAAAAGGCUGUUUCUUGAUUUUAAUCAAACAUGAACAGCUUGCCAGACCUUUUAUUUUAUAAUUUAAUAAAUAUUUUACCAUGUUAACUCUUAUAUUAACCCUCUUGUCUCUUUUACCCAGGUGCCCUCCAGGCAACCCGUGCCCUCAUGAUUAUAAGUAUCAUUGUGGUGAUAGCCGGCCUUGGCGUCGCCUGCAUGGGAAUGAAGUGCACCAACUGUGGAGGAGAUGACAAAACCCGCAAGUCAAAGAUUGCCAUGGUCGGUGGCAUCAUCAUCCUGAUUGGAUGUAAGGAGCUGUUUUAAAUUUUUUCUCCAUUUUCAGUUGUAUUUUUUUGUUUGGCAGUUUGAGUGAUUUUUCUCUUUCCUCUCUCAGCUCUGUGUGCCAUCGUUGCCUGCUCUUGGUAUGCCCAUGACAUCAUCCAAGCUUUCUACAACCCUUUCACUCCAGUCAACACCAAGUAAGUUUGAAUAAAUGUAACUCCUAAUACAGCUCAACGUGCAGGAGUAAGCUGAAUAUUUUGUUCUGCAUGUUAGUCAUCAGAAAGUCAGCUGUUGUUGAUUUAAGAUACCAGAUCCUCCCUCUUCUGUAUUCACACAUUUGCAUUAUGUCCACUCACUCCUCCACUGCUGAUGAAUGCAUGUCUGUUUUACUGGAAUUAAAGCUCUAAUCAUAUAAUUUCUCUUUGUAAAGGUAUGAGUUUGGUUCCGCCAUCUUCAUCGCCUGGGCUGGUGCGUUCCUGUCCGUAGUGGGAGGCGGCAUGCUGGCAGCAUCCUGCCCGAGGAACAAGUCCACACCUAAAUACCCCAUCUCUAGACCCCCCAGCAGCACCAAGGAGUACGUUUGAACCAGGAAGGAGCCACUUUGAAGGAACACUUUGACAAUCAUACUAGUCCAACUCAGAACGAAAGGUUAAAAGAUGUAUUCCAGGAGGUGAUCAGUACAUUUUUUUCUGUUUUUUUAUUUUGUGUUUUAGUUACUUCAGGGUCUACCCUGUGAUGUUACUGUAAUAUUAUUUUAACAAAUUGCAUUAAAGCUUUUUAAAAGUAGCUGUUUACCUCCUAAAAAGCUUAUUGACCCAUUUAAAGCUACAGUCAGUGCCGACUGAUGCGUAGACUACACAGUAAACCGCCCACGUCGCUGACGCUUGUGAAGCACUAAGUACAUGGAAAUACGCCUGUAAGUUUAUACAACUUGAUACAAAGUAGAGGGCAUCAUAAGUGUGCAGUGUGGUUUGGAAAAUCAGGUUGAGUGCACUGAAUAGAAAUCAGAUAUGAGCAUACACAACUCUGCCACCAUCUGUAACUGUGUGGGCUGAAUGUAUGUAGUUUUGCUGGCACCUCAGAAGCAGUUUGCUAUCAUGAUUUCCACACAUUUGUGCCUUUUAUUUAUAUGAAUGUUACAAAUCAUUCACUACCACUGUGGACUAUGUUUCAAUCAGAUAUCAAAGUGAAAGCGUAAUUGUAUAAAUUACAGUAGAUUGUUGCUUUUUAAUUCAUGUUGCCAAUAUUUUUAAAGCUAUACAUACAUGCAUGCCAGGUGUUAUCAGUUUGGAUAAUGAUGUGUGAAUGGGCUCGACGUCAUGAUCCUGGUUUUUAACAGUGAAAAUAGCUUUUGCUGCACUCAUCAAAUCCUCAGUUUUUAUAAAAAAUACUUUUUAAUUGUUAUUUUUCAGUGUUUGUGUAAUGUGUAUAUAAAAUAAAAAGUUAAAAAUUCA